AUGAGUUUUAAAGGCUUUACCAAGGCGGUCAGCAGGGCUCCUCAAAAUUUCCGUCAGAAAUUCAACAUGGGUCAGCAGACAGAAGACGCGGUUUAUGAAGAUGCGGAAAGACGGUUCAAAGAGCUGGAAGGCGAGACGAAAAAACUCAGUGACGAGUCCAAACGGUAUUUCACGGCUGUCAAUGGCAUGCUGAACCAUCAAAUAGGGUUCGCCAAGGCCAUGGAGGAGAUUUUCAAGCCGAUUAGUGGGAAAGUAAGUGAUCCCAAUGCUACCAUCCCAGAAGACAAUCCAGAAGGAAUUGAGGCAAGUGAACAGUACCGUGAGCUGGUGGCCGAGCUGCAAGUGACUUUGAAGCCUGACUUGGAGCUUAUUGACGAGAAAAUCGUCAAACCGUCGCAGGAAUUGCUUAAGGUGAUCGAUUAUAUCCGGAAAAUGGCCACCAAGAGAAACCACAAGAAAUUGGACUUAGAUCGUCAUUUGAAUACCUACACAAAAUACGAGACCAAGAAGGAACCCAACCCCAAAGACGAGGAGAAACUUUACAAGGCCCAGGCGCAAAUGGAGGUGGCUCAACAGGAAUACGACUAUUACAACGACAUGUUGAAAAACGAACUACCCAUACUCUUUGAGCUGGAGGCCGAAUUUGUCAAGCCGCUGUUUGUGUCUUUCUAUUACAUGCAGCUGAACAUUUUCUACAGUUUGUACAACCGCAUGCAGGACAUGAAGAUCCCGUAUUUCAACCUGGACACGGACAUCUUGGAGGCGUAUACGGCGAAACGGGGCAAUAUCGAAGAACAAACAGACUCGCUGACGAUCACGCGGUUCAGAGUUGGUUACGGCAAGGCCAAGUUGGAGAUGACCCGCAAAAAAUAUGGGGUGUCAUCGCCCACCAGCCCCGGGUCGCCUGUGACACCUGUAACGCCGCAAUUCGAGACUGUGGGUGCCGCUCCCGGUGGCUACAAUCCGCCCCCAUACCCCGCAGGUCAACAGCAAUCCUACCCGGUUGAAAAGGCCGCCUACGUGCCUGCAGCUGUACAACAGCCGGCCGCCUACGCUGCAUACACACCACCUACCACGGCUCCAGCUCCAGCUCCAGUCGCGCCCGUAGCGGAAACCGUCACUGCGUUGUACGAUUACCAGGCCCAAGCCGAAGGUGACUUAACUUUUCCUGCUGGGGCUAUCAUACAAGUCGUAGAUCGCACUGACAGCACUGAAGGCUGGUGGACAGGAGUGUACAACGGCUACCAAGGUGUUUUCCCAGCAAACUACGUUCAAUUGAACUAA